CCUUGGCCCGGUCACCUCCUUUCCCAGCUCACCUCUCUUUCCAUCUAGCUUACUUCCUUUUUUCUUCAGCUUAGCUCCCAACUCAGCUUUUCCAUUCAUUAGCCCAACUUCUAGCCUCCUGUCAGGGUCAAUUUCAUCCAUAAUCCUUCUGUUGUUAUUUCUUCGUACCAAAUUCAUGACUAUGGUAUAAACGAUGGUUUCUAGUAGCUAGAGGUUGUGGCCGAAAGAAUUUCCACCUCUUUCUCAAUUUUUUUAGGAAAAUAUAGAGAAAAUAACUAGUCUAAGCUUUCUCUCAUAUUUUCAUUUUAUCCAAUAUUCCUCCAUUUUCUUCAAUUCAAACAGAGCCUAACGGUGUCUUUCUUCAUCGUUCCAUUCAUUUUCUUCUUCUCAGGGUUGAGGCUGAUCAGUUGCUGAUCACUUUGAAGCAGCUUAUCGGUUGCGGAAGCCAAAACCACAGCUCUAUGUCGAGACUUGGAGCAUUACAAAUUAUUUUUUUCAGAAAUUUUCAUCAUAAAAGAGAAAAGAUGGCGGGUUUGGCCUGAAAAUGUGGAUUGCACAAUCAGUUACAGUGGUGGGUUUGCUCAAGCAGAGACAGCAAAAUUUAUUGGUGCUGAUGGGAAGGUUUUGAGCUCAACUUGGUGGCAGAUUCUUUUAAAAUCCGCAGCUGGUGAAUCUAGAAUAAAGACUUCAAUUGGUGUGGAUCAAAGUUAUACUUUCUUUGUGAGGAAAGAAUGAUGGGAAGCGUAUUAUUGUGGAAGCUACAAUUAAGAUAAAGUUUGAGAAUUUGAGUUUUGUGGUCCUGAAGCCAAGCGCAGGCUUUAAAGGCUCUCCGGUCUUUCCUCACUCACAUGCUCAAUUCUCUAAAACCAAAAUCUUUCCUCCAUCGUUCUCUCAAAUGCCUCUCAACUUCAGUAACCCCUUCCAAAACCCUUCGAAAACCCCACGAUUAUGAACUCAUUCUAAUCUCUUCUUUAAAAUCUGCUGCAACUCAUUUCUCCAUUUCUCAAGGCCAAAAAACCCAUUGCUUCCUAAUCAAAUCAGGCUUCAUUUCCAACCCUUUUAUCCAAAACACCUUGCUUAACAUGUACAUCAAGUGUCACUUCAUUGAAGAGGCUGAAUGCUUCUUCACUUCUUGUCCUACCUUGGACCCUGUUUCUUAUAACAUUAUGAUUUCUGGGUAUGUAAAAUCUGGUCGAUUUAAUGAAGCACGGAACCUGUUUGAUCAAAUGCCAAAAAAGGGUUGUGUUUCUUAUACGACCAUGAUAAUGGGAUUUUCUUCAAAGGGUUAUUGGAGUGAAGCAAUUGGGAUUUUUAAGGAAAUGAGAAAUGAGCGUAUUUUGCCUAACGAAGUUACAUUGGCAAGUUUGAUCUCUGCUUGUUCGGCUUUUGGGGGGAUUUUCAUUUGUAGAAUGUUACAUGGUUUGGCAGUUAAGGUGUUGCUUGACGAGUUUGUUAUUGUUUCAACGAAUUUGUUGCACAUGUACUGUGCUCUUGGGAGUUUAAGGGAUGGGAGGGAUUUGUUUAAUAAUAUGCCAGAGAGGAAUAUUGUUUCUUGGAAUGUGAUGUUAAAUGGUUAUGCAAAAGCUGGGGAAUUUGAGUUGGCUAAGGAAUUGUUUGAGAGGAUUCCUGUAAAGGAAAAAGAUAUUGUUUCGUGGGGCACGAUGGUUGAUGCUUAUGUUCAAGUGGAUUGGUUAAGGGAAGCUUUACUAAUGUUUUGUGCUAUGUUACGUAAGGGACUUGAGGCAAGUGAUGUUAUGAUUGUGGAUUUAGUUUCAGCAUGUGCAAGAAUGGGUGCAAUCCUAGAGGGUUCGCAGCUUCAUGGUAGGAUUGUGAAGGCUGGUUUUGAUUGUUAUGAUUUUGUACAAGCGACUAUCAUUCAUUUUUAUGCAGCCUAUGGGAGGGUUGAUCUUGCAUAUUUGCAGUUUGAAGUGGGUAUUAAGGAUCAUCUUGCUUCUAGAAAUGCCCUUAUUGCAGGAUGUAUAAGAAAUGGAAUGAUUGAACAGGCGAGACAGUUAUUUAGUGAGAUGCCUGAAAGAGAUGUUUCUUCAUGGAGCUCUAUGAUUGCUGGCUAUGCUAAGAGUGAGCAACCUAACGUAGCAUUACAGCUAUUCCAAGAAAUGAUAGCUAGAGGUUUGCAGCCAAACCAAAUGACAAUGGCAAGUGUUUUCUCUGCGAUUGCCUCGUUAGGCAUAUUGAAUGAAGGGAGAUGGGCGCAUAAAUACGUACACAAUAACUCCAUCGCACUUAAUGAUAACUUAAGUGCUGCUAUCAUUGAUAUGUAUGCAAAAUGUGGGAGUAUCAGUGCUGCCUUAGAAGUUUUUUAUCAAAUCCAAGACAAGACCUCUACUGUCUCACCAUGGAAUGCAAUGAUUUGUGGUUUGGCCAUGCAUGGACAUGCCAGUUUAUCACUUGAAAUAUAUUCUGACUUGGAAAGGAGGCAUCAUAUCAAGCAAAAUUCAAUAACAUUCAUUGGGGUCCUUACUGCAUGUUGCCAUGCUGGGUUGGUAGAACUUGGGGAGAGGUAUUUCAUGAGUAUGAAGAGUGUACAUAACAUAGAUCCUGGUAUCAAGCAUUAUGGUUGUAUGGUGGAUCUGUUGGGCAGAGCUGGACGUGUAGAAGAGGCUGAGAAAAUGAUUAGGAGCAUGCCAAUGGAGGCAGAUGUUGUUAUUUGGGGUACAUUAUUAGCAGCAUGUAGAACACAUGGAAAUGUGGAUAUAGGAGAAAAGGCUGCAGAGAAUUUGGCAAGGUUGGAACCAUGUCAUGGUGGGGGUAAAGUUCUUUUGUCCAAUAUAUAUGCGGAUGCAGGGAGGUGGGAGGAUGUAUUAUCAGUGAGAAGAGUAAUGCAAAGUCAAAGAAUGAAGAAAUGUCCUGGGUACAGUGGUGUUGCUUGAUGCUAUUCUUUUGGCCUAAUAAUAUUAACCAAUGUCUGGAAUAUAGUCCAGCUAGUUAUGUAACAAAUAACCAUACAUAUCAUUUCAUCAAUUAAACUUGAAAUUGGAUUUUUUCUGAAAAUUCUAUUCUUGAUUAUUGUUUGGUUUAUUUAUUUAUUUUUUAUUUAAAUAUAAGGCCUCCUUCCAAAAUUGUUGAUUCUAUAGUCCUAAAUAUUCAUGUAUUUGAUUCUCCUACUCACAAUUCUUAUAUUCGAUGCUCUUAGUGCUCGGCCUUUAACAUGAUCAAAGGGAUUUUUAGUUCUCUUCUUUUUAUUCCUUUAUUAACUCUUAUUUUUAAUUUGUCUCUGGGUCCAACUGCUAUGGAAUAUAAUGCUUAUGAUGUAUCAUCUCUAUUUGUGUGGAUAAAUGAUAUGUUUGAAUUUAGGUUUUAUAUGCCUAUUGACGUUUGGAUCAAUUGAUAUGUUGUUAAUGUUGACGCUUGGAGGUUAUAAGUUCGAAAUAGCUUAUAAACUAAUUUUUUUUUUUUUUCUGCAAAGGGAAGAGGGUAUAAGAAGAGGUUAUAAGUUCCACAUCUUUGGCGUGCUUAGCUUCUUCGAUUCCCUUUAAGUUUCCUUGUUUUAAUCAUUCUAUAUCUCAAGGUUUGCCUAUAAAGUCAAUUCCUACACCCCCUUUUUUUUUUUUUCUUUUAAUUUUAAGUAGCCUGCAAUGACAUUCAUUGUAAAAAAU